AUGUUGGGUGGUAUGUGUGGAAUAUUCGGAUACUGUAACUACAAUAAGAUGAAAGGAAAGAAGGAAAUCAUUGACAUGCUGUGCACUGGGCUUAAAAGACUUGAGUACAGGGGAUACGACUCUGCUGGCCUGGCUGUAGUGGUAAAGGACAACUACAAAAUGUACAAGCAGACCGGUAAGGUCCAAAUGUUGGUUGAUCACAUUGAAAAAGACUCAAAAGACCUGACUAGUCUUCCGGCUGUGCCUUGCCAUGUGGGUAUAUCUCACACGCGUUGGGCUACGCACGGAACACCCUCUGAGGUCAACAGUCACCCGAUUCCAAGUCAGGAUCAGGAGUUCUUUGUGGUUCAUAACGGGAUCAUUAACAACUGGAAGUCGUUGAAGGAGCUCUUGCAGAAACAUGGAUAUGUUUUCCAGAGUGACACGGACACGGAGUGCAUUUCGCAACUCAUUCUGUUCAUUCACCGCAAGUGCAAAUCACGUGGCUUGCAGAUGUCUUUUACUGACUUGGUCAACGAAACAGUUCAUAAGUUGGAAGGGGCCUUUGCCUUCUUAGUCGUUAGCAAAAACUACCCCAAUGAGGUGGUGGCUGCUCGACGAGGGAGUCCCUUGCUGGUUGGAGUUGCUGGUCCUUCAAUUGUUGAGCUGAAUUGUGUAGAUGUUGCUGCUGACUGUAAAGAACCUUCUAUUUCAAUUGACACUCCAGUUGGAACUCCAAAGGUAGGCGGUAGUACUGUCGAUUUGUCGAGAUCAGUAAGUCGUGUCUUUGUGCACGGAUCAGAGUCGCCUGAGAAGUCUUUAGAGGUUUUCUUCAGUUCUGACUCGGCUGCUAUCAUUGAGCACACCAACCGAAUUCUUACCCUAGAAGACGGUGACAUUGCCCAUGUUAGCGAGAAAGGACUAGAAAUCAACCGGUCAAUUCCGGGCGGCAACUCUUUCCGACCGCUAGAAGAGGUUACUGCUGAGCUGGAUAGUAUCAUGAAAGGCAACUUCCCGCACUUUAUGCUUAAGGAAAUCCACGAGCAGAAAGACACCAUUAUCAACACCAUGCGCGGUCGUGUUAACUUUGAAGAGAGUAAGGUUACGUUAGGUGGAGUCACUACUUAUCUAGAGCACAUCAGAAAGGCACGUCGAUUGGUCUUUAUUGCUUGUGGUACCAGUUACUUUGCUUGUCUGCACAUGCGAGGUCUGUUUGAAGAACUAACUGGGAUUCCGUGUGUGGUUGAGAUUGCUAGCGAUUUCAAUGAUCGGCUACCGCCAAUCUCAAGAGCAGAUUGUUGUGUCUUUGUAAGUCAGAGUGGUGAAACUGCGGACUCUUUGAUUGCUCUGAAGUACAUUCAGGAGAAAGGUGCUAUUUCUGUUGGAGUUACCAAUGUCGUAGGUAGUUCCAUUUCUCGAGUAACCGACUGUGGUAUCCAUAUUAAUGCCGGAGCCGAAAUUGGAGUAGCCAGCACCAAGGCCUACACCAGUCAAUCGAUUGCCCUUGCUAUGCUAGCUAUUCAAAUAGGCCAAGACUCCAUUCAUACGCUUGAGAGAAGAAAGCAGAUCAUUGCGGAUAUGGCUAAAUUGUCUGAUGGCAUUGCAGCUGUUCUCAAAGACGAGCCAGGCCUAAAGAAGAUUUCCGAGGAGUACAUCUCUAAGCAACAGAGCAUUCUUCUUCUCGGGCGCGGGUACCAGCUCGCCACCUGUUUAGAAGGGGCUCUUAAGAUCAAGGAAAUCUCCUACAUCCACAGUGAAGGCAUUGGGGCCGGUGAAUUGAAGCACGGAUCAUUGGCGCUAGUCGAUGAGAAAAUGUGCAUCAUUAUGAUUCUAACCGAUAGUGCGCAAGGCCAAUCUCAAAAUGCGUAUGAACAAGUUAAAUCUCGAGGCGGACGCCCCUUGGUUAUCUGCACUGAGCAAACAUCUUCCUUGUUCACCAAUGAAACCACCCAAAUUAUUGUUCCCAAGGUCGUUAACUGUCUCCAAGGAAUCAUCAAUGUUGUCUCUCUCCAACUCAUUGCCUACUACACAGCCACAGCUCUUGGAUUUAACCCCGACUUCCCCCGAAACCUUGCCAAAGCCGUCACAGUGGAGUAA